AUGUCAGCUGAACUCGUCGUUGGCAUCGUGCCUUUGGUAGCGCUCGCUAUAAAGGCCUAUCGAGACGUGAGCUCCAAGAUCAAAACCUAUCGGCAUUACAGCAAGAUGAUACGACAUAUCGGGAAGAAAUUCAAAGCGCAACGCCGAAUCUUUGAGAACGAAUGUGAACUCAUUCUCCGGCACUGCUUAGAUGAUGACGCGACGGUUGAGGCGAUGAUAUCUAAUCUUCAACACGAGGGCUGGGACAAAAAUGAACUUGAACUUGAACAGAACAAUCGAAACAUCACGGAAAAGAACCACGACAAUUGCGUUGAACAAAUCAAAGACAUUGUCGAAGCAGUUCAACAACUCGAAACCCAGUUGGACUAUUUUAGUAUCGCUAAAUCAAAACAAAAGGAGUCAGAGUCCUUCAAAGAUACCUUGAAGCGCGUUGAGGACGGUCUCAAGUUCACAUUCAACAAAUCUAGUUACGAGUUGACGCUAAAUGAACUUCGAUCAAGCAACAACGAUCUACGAUGCCUUCGAGAGCAGAUAACUGAGCUUUCUAAAUCAGCCCCGAAGAAAAUUCGAGAUCUCAAACGCUCGUUGUUCGAGCCAGUUAAUGAAUGGGCCGAUAUUCGGCUUGCUUCUAUGGCGCUCCAUCAAGCCUUGAUGAGGGUUUGGUCCUGUACUCAAAGCUCGCAUAAUCGACACGUGUUGCAUUUAUUCCUUGAAGCAGAUAAACAAGGGAGCGAGAUCCGAAUGAACAUUGCAGUUUUGGCCCAUGGGAUAGCAGGAUAUGGCCUCGUUCAUUCGACCCGCCUCCAGGUCAGAUCACAGCAUGCUGCCGCUUCCUCGAACAUAAACACUUUAUCUCAUCGAACACCAUCGCCUGAGCGCAUUGAAGAGAAGCCAAGAAAGAGAGUCAAAGUUGUCAGGUUCAGCGAGCCGUGCCCGAUGCUGUUAUCAGACUUUCAGCCAAAUAAAAUACUGUCGCCAUUCAUUGUGGAUGCGGCUAAAGACCUUCGCCGCUCGAAAGAUAUCUGCACGGAGCUUGCAACGAAAGUCAAACCAGCUUCAGCUGAUGUGUCCCAUCAAUAUGUAGGACAUCUUGAUGCUGCCCUUGGGGAGAAAUUCCGGCAUGAAUUUUAUUCGAUGUGUUUACAGACGACGGUUAAUCCCGCCAUAGAUGGAAGCCGUAUUAUUCGUAUGGAUAGCCUAAUCAAUGAGACUAGUUGCUUCUCUAGGAUUGACAAACUGAGAAUUGCCAGAUCUCUAGUGUCCGCAGUCCUCAAAUUUCAUGAGACACCUUGGCUUGGAGAAGCAUGGCAGCUACGAGACCUCUCAUUCUUCUACCAAAAUGACGACGUCGAAAAGUCACUACAGACUCUGCAUCUUAGAGCAGAAAUCGUCCGGGCGGGCACAGAAAUUACGAUCAACACGUCCAUGAACAACCUGGACCCACUGACGCCUCCUGCGUCUUUGCUUUCGCAAGCAACGAAAGACGAACGGCUUCUGUAUGGCAUCAAUAAUAUGGUCCUUCAUUGCCUUGGUGUGGCUUUAAUUCAGAUCGACCAAGGCAUGAAGUUGGAACCUGAAGAUGUCCUCCUUGCCCGCAAAAAAGCUCGGUUCAGCUCUUCUUUUGGACGAAAAUAUCGAAACAUAGUAGACAAGUGUUUGCGGUGUGAUUUUGGCUACGGAACUGACCUGGGCCAGCCACGCCUUCAAAAGGCUGUUUAUGAAACUGUCGUGGGUAGCAUUGACUCUCUUAUCGCAGCGCUUCAAGUGCUAGAGCUUGGUGAUGAUGAGGGGUGA